GGGUGCAGUCCCCGCCCGCACACGCACAGAGAGCUGUUGACAGCCGCUGCGGCAGAGAAGCCGAGGAAAGAUGUGGGUUUUUGGCUACGGGUCGCUGAUCUGGAAAGUGGAUUUCCCCUAUCAGGACAAGAUGGUCGGAUACAUCGCAGGCUACAGCAGGCGCUUCUGGCAGGGCAGCACAGACCACCGUGGGGUCCCCGGCAAGUUGCCAUCAUGGAAGUCCAGGACUUUACUACCCUUCCUCCUCCUUUUAAUAAUUACUACUGAGCACUUACAUCCUGGAAGAGUUGUGACUCUUGUUGAAGAUCCUGGGGGUUGUGUAUGGGGUGUUGCUUACAGACUGCCAGUAGGAAAGGAAGAAGAAGUGAAAGAACACCUUGACUUCAGAGAGAAAGGAGGUUACAGGACCACGGCGGUCAUUUUUUAUCCAAAAGAUCCCACAACAAAACCAUUCAGUGUGUUGCUGUAUAUUGGAACAUGUGAUAAUCCUAACUAUCUUGGUCCUGCUCCUCUGGAAGACAUUGCUGAACAAAUUUUUAAUGCAGCAGGUCCAAGUGGAAGAAAUACAGAGUACCUCUUUGAACUUGCAAAUUCUAUUAGGAAUGUUGUACCAGAAGAUGCAGAUGAGCAUCUUUUCUCUUUGGAAAAGUUAGUAAAGGAACGUUUAGAACAAAAACAGAACCUCAAUUGCUUGUAAAGACCUAAUCAUUGACUUUUCUGAACAAGCAGAGCUUUUACUCUUCAGAGAAUAGCUUCAUAGUACAAUGGCAACAUGAUUUGGAAACAUGUUUACUUAAAGAUCUUAUUUAUUUUUAAUGUGGUAGUCAAGAUAUCAAAAUUUAUAAUUUAAUUGCAGGUGUCCUGAAACAUGUAUAUAUAUUCAAAAUAUUGGGAUAUAGUUAAAGAAAAAAUUAAAUUUUAAUAAUGUAAUGAUUUCCUAACUAUAUGAUAUUGAACACUUGCUCAUGAGAAGUGAGUUCUUUAGAAAAAUACGAUGAAGGACUCAGUUCAGAGCUUGCUUUUAUCAGAGUAAAAAUAAUUCUGUUGUUUCAUAUCACAAUACUAUUUUGAAGUUGUAGAAAAUUAAACCAAAAGCCCACUACAUAUAAUGAAGUUAUACUUUGAAUAUAUUCCUAUACAGUAAUUCUGUAACCAUGGUUUAAAAUGUACAAGCUUAAAAUAAUGUAUAAUUAGAAAUAUACAAUAAUAUAGAUAAGAUUUCAGCCUUACUUGUUAAUUUUUUUGUUCAGGUAUUAAUGAGAUCCUUUCCAAUUUAUGCCAAAAAAAUUGGCAUUUUGAAUAUAAAAAUUUCCUUGCAAUCAUGUUUUUGCUACAUGGAAAAAACUCAUUCAGCUAAAAUAGCGUAAAUUACAUUUUACAAAGCACAUCCUCUAACAAUGCAGUCUGUCAUUCACUUAAUAUCAUACUGAAAUUUAUUUUAAAGGAUAGGCUUUCUGAUACUACAAAUUAACAGAAACAUACAUAAAUGUGUGUGUAUACAUGUAUAUAAAAAAUGAAAGUUCUGUGUUUGCAAUGGCUUUUAAAAUAUUUUUUCAAAAUAAGAUUACCUGAUCAUUUGCUACAGCUUUUUUUUCCUUCUUAUAUCUUCUCACCUAAACAAAAGUAUUCACUGAAUAGUGUUAAAAGAUUCUGCUCAAGUAGGAAACAUACAUGUAACAUUACUAGCUCAUGUAGAAUUAGGCUUGAUUCAAACUAAUCAUUAUUUCUGAUUAUAAGUGAUUUCUUCUCAACAGGAUGUAUAAUCUUUCUAAAAUCUUUCAACAUGAAAAGAAUUUCAGGAUCACACUAAAUCUCACAUGGAACUUAACAGAAACUCCUCAAACCCAGGCAUGACUAAUAAUUGACACAGGGGUUUUUCACACAAAAUAAAGCUGUCCUACAUAGUCGGGACAAUAAUCCU